AUGCACUGCGCGUUCAUCAGCGCGUUCGAAGUGACGUAUGGCAACGCGCUGGCGGCCGGAGGAGGUUUCCACCGCGUCACGACCGCCGAGGGCGCCGCUGCCGAGGUCGCGCCCCACACGUAUCUCUGGUACAAGCUAUCGUCGCUGAGUCCGCUGCCUCCCGCGUCGUCUGAGUCGUCUGAGUCGUCGUCGUCUGAUUCUGAAUCCUUCCUGGCCAUCACGCAGCUGCGCAUUGGCAGCGAACCAGAGGGCAGCGAGUGGACGAAACUCGACAAGUCGAUCGACCGGCAGAACGGACGCUUUCUAUGGUACCGCGUGACCAAAGUAAAGGCUCCGACGGCGCCGUCGGCCCCCGAGCAGCCGCAAGCGCAGCAGCUCCUGCCGCUCAAGGAGAUUCGCGUCGUGCGGCACCUCAGGGACGUGCCAGAGGGCUUUGAGGCGAUCGAGGAGCCGCUCGUGAGCGUCGACGACGGACAGAACGAGCUGCGGACGUACGUGUGUUUCCGUCGAUUGGCUCGUGACGACUUUUCCGACUCCAAGUGGUCGAUAGUGAACCAGAAAGUCGGCAGUUGGAUCGAUGUCAAAGACCUGUCGUCGAACAAGUGGAGCGUGGCGCAGAUCAUGCACCAAACCGCGUCGGACAUUCGUGUGCACAUCCCGGCGUGGCGGAAAGGACGCGACGAGGUGUUGUCGUGCUUGACCUGUGGGAACCGCGUCGACCAGCUCGGCAAGCAUACACACGUGUACAUGUCCCCGGCGUACCCGCUUCCGCGCAAGCAGGGGGUCUUAUGGAAUGUUAAUAUGAAGGACUUGCACCACGCGCGGGAACAGUUUGACAAGUGCUUUUAUGACCGCAUCGAGCAAAAGUCGUAUCUACCGCGAUUGUUGAUCCCGUUCAUUGAGAAGUCACUGCUGAGCACGUUUUUGUCGAGCGAUCUUGCCGACGAAAUGAACGCAUUCUACCAGCAUGUGCUCAAGAAUGUCGUGGCGUGUAUGCUUGGCAACGACGCGGGCAGUGUUAUCGUGCACAUGUUGUCGAUCUUGCGAAUGAUCCUCAACGGACACAGUUCGUGUGUGUUUUUCUACAUCAAGUAUCCUGGAACUUACACUGCGGCAAAAUGCCAACGUCUGGUGUAUACCUCGUACUUGGUGAGUCCAGUUGCAUUGGCAUCACUCCCAGCUCGCCAUCCGUGUCGAUCUCUUUACUUCGUUGACAACGUCGACUUGUUUGUGCAAGCGGGCGGCUUUCGGUUGAUUCUCGAGCGCCUGGAGGGCGCAGAAGUUGCUUUGCCCGAAGUGUUACUCUAUUGCACGAUUCUGAGGUGGGCAAAACCUUGUCUUACGCAGCAAAAAAGUCGCUCAUCAGCUCGUCGUCGCUCGACAACCGAAGUUCAGACCGAAGAUUUUUUCCGGGACUUUCUGAAUGCGACGUUCUCGCGGCUGCGCCGUAUGAGUGGAGAGGAGCUCAAAGAUGACAGUGGACUUAUUGAUCUGAUCGUGGGUGUGCUCGAUUUACUUUGCCGUGAUGGACUUUUGCUCGGUGACUCCAGCUCUGAGACUAUGAUAGACAAACCUGUCGUUGCUAAUGCUUCCGCUUUGUCGUGCGACGCGGAGUUUACUGAAGCAAUUGAGACCUUUCACCUGGAUCUAUCGAAAAAGCUCAUUUGUUGCCCGUACUUGUCGCAGCGUCUCCUAGGUAUAUCGCGCAUCAACAAUUUGAUCGCAAUGGCUCAACGAAAGGAUACGCAACAAAAAAAGGCAGGUUCGACAUCGUGGCGCACCUCUUCAUCGAUAAGCACAGCGGCGUCUGAGAGCACGACUACUUUGAGUGCUACGCCGUCCUUACAGGCUUCAACUUUCAGCGAACAGCCCGUGACGAAAUGGCUGCGCACAACAUACAUUGCAGAGUGGUUAGUGGCAUCUGACAUUCUAGAGGUGAUUCUGGGCGAUCGUGAAAGCUGUACCAAGUACUCGCUUCAAGAGGGAGCUCAUUUGGAACUUCUGAAGCGUUCCGAAACGAUAUUUGGCUUCGUCGCGGGUCAUGGUCUUUUAACGGAGCAGCACAUUGUGUUGAUGUGGAAAACCGCGCUAGGUCAACUGCAUUCAGGCAGAAAGACAGUUUUCGAUACCUUGAUAUCGCUUUGUAGUGGUUUGUCAGCUGAUUUGAUUGAUGUUGUCAUGAUGCUUCUGACACAAGUACCUCCAAGUGACUAUGACGAGCUUAUGGUGAACUUCAUCAAGCGUGUUAUCAUGAUUGUCUCUAAGCUUAUAGUCGACACGGAGACGGGUGGUCCUAAGAUGACACUGACGUCCCUCGUUGGUGUUGCGUCUGGACCAAAGAAGCUCAGUGCUUGCGCUCAAAAAGAUGUUGAGGUUUUGAACAAGGUCGUGAGUUUAUGUUGCAUGCUGUACUGGAAUGCGCUUUUUCAGACAGAGAUGCCGACCGAAAAGGGGGUGAGUACGACUUUCGGGCUGCGGGGUUCGAUACGAAGCGAUGUGGAGACAGCUUUGGCUGACGCAUUGAACCACGUGCAAAAGCUGUGGUUUUCUGCCGGAGUAUCGUCAGUUGCGUCGGGAAAAGAGCAGCAACAGCUGCUGGGCGACUACAUCCGGAAGUGCGCCGAGAACAUCAUAUCUGGCACACUGGUGGAAACAUCCAUGAGUUUAAUCUACCGAAUUGUGGACGGGUGUGGCGGAAGCACAUCCUCGUUAGCGGCUUCGACAUUGGCGUUGACAAGAGCGAACACUCCUCCUCCGACACCCAGCGGACUCCUCAAAGAACUGAAUAGUAUGCACAAUAUCGUGUCCGUUGUCGUCGAGGCGAUCAAAGAUUGCGUUGCUGCGCCGCAUAUGAACGAUCAAGAUCACGCUAGAACUCACAUCGCAGCUAUAAAGAAGCGCUUAGCAUUUCUAGGGUACAUCGUGACCAGGUCCGAUCUUGAGCUGCCGUAUGAUGCAGUGUGCCAGCUAUGGAUGUGCUUAAAUGGUCCCAACAGCACAGCCGAGGAGCGCAAAGUGUUUUUUGCAUGGUUGACCACGGUCAUCCCCGAUCCCAACAACUUCGUUCAUCGAGCAUACUCAGGACACACGGGGUUUUCCGAGACCGUGGUAUGUGAGAUGUUCCAGUCGUUGAUUGAGCCACAGUGCACUAGCACAGCCUCAAGUAAUACUCAGAUCCGGUUGGACUUGCGGACUAUGAACAAGGAGUCGUUUUGGGUGUUGGAGCGGCUGUUUCGGUUUGUCAACACGCGCGCGAGGCGAAUCGUCUCCACCGGUGUAGCUCGAAGCGCUCCGUCGCGAAGCACGCCAAACGAUAAGGUCGAGACUGGUCUGUUCGUCGUCGAAGCGCUGGACUUACAAGGUCUAGAGAUAUUGUAUGACGUGGCGUUGUUCGCGGACGACGACGGUGUGAGUCAGCAGGCAACCAAUUAUUUGAUCUAUUUGCAGCUUCACGUCGGCUCAAAACUUGUCCGGCGCGAGGUCUGGGCCGAUUUCGUGGCAAGGUGUCUCAGCAGACUAAAAGAGACGGUGAAGAGCAUAGUCAUCGACGCGUCAAAGACACGUGAGAUUUUUCGUCUACUAGUGCUGCUAAGCACGUUUCUGUAUCAAUCGGUUGUACAGUCUCACGAUAGCGGAGGGCUUUCUGGACCAGAAGGACUAACAGUCUACGUCCGGACGCAAGGUGGUCGAGUCGCGGCACCUUUUCAGUACUACGUGAGGCGGACGUCCCUCGUGUCAGAGCUACGUGAUCGGAUCGCCAAGGACACAGGCCAUCCAGCCGACCGAGUCCGCGUCGUCAAUUCUGCAAAGACCAAACUAACAGCGCAAGGGCAUGGAAAGUUUACGCUUGAGAAGGCGCGUGUAUUUAGUCCAUCCUCUGUGUCUUCACGAAUAUCUCCACGGCGGUCACUAACGCAAACUGCACCAGCUGCGCCGAAUAGGACGUCCAAGCAUACGAGCUAUGUUGAGGCAAUUUUGCUGUCGAAAGUGGAAAGUGACACGAGCGGCCACAGCAAUCGUAGCGCUCUGGACUUUCAUGGAACAGCCGGGGUUGCUGCUGCUGGAAAUAUCAGCGGUCCAGAGAGCGAUUGGCAUGCGAUCAAAACGGAGAUAUCAGGCAAUGACACUUGGCUAGCACUCAUGUUCAAUCUGUUGUCUUACAACAAUGGAAUUGCUGAGGAAGCCUGGAAGGUGCUCAAACUGCUUACGCCAAAUGAGGAUAUAGAAAAGCAAAUGCGUUUGCUGAACGGCGUGCUAGCGAUUGAUGGCUCCAUCCGCGGGACAUUGAGCUCGUUCGAUUGGGAUACGGUGCUGGAUUUGACAUGCGCUGCAAAAUUAUUGUACCAACUUGAAUCAGUGGAAAAAUUUGCGCUGUGUGGCGAUGGACGCCAUGACGAUGAGGACGGAAACGCCGAGGGGGACAACUGGAUGCACACAGAUAAUGGUGGUGGGGAUAGGACUGACGGGGGGAUUGGUGCAGUCAAUACGUGGAGUGCAUCUUUUCUCGAGCUCGGCGGUCGGACACAGCUCGAGAAGUUUGUUUUGUCGUCGAGCUCAUGCCAGCUGCUCGCACAAGGAACACUGUCGGUCAUGUGCUUAUCGAAACUAUUGAAGCUGCUGCAUCAUUUUGUGCUGGUCGAAUCUGAGUUGGCGAGAGAUGGUGGUAUGACUGUAGAGAAGAAUUUGCAACAGUUGAAUUGUCAUCUUUUGGAAAUGCUGAAGAGUCUUCAAAGCAUUCAUGAAGAGCCCGAAGAAGCUGAUCUAGUCACCUUGCUUUCUCAGACAAGCAUGUCAUCACAACUACAGCUUGUAAAUGCAGGAAGAGAUCGGCUUAACAAGACAGAGCCUCUCGCACUAACUGUGUAUGAUCGCCCGCAGGUUGAAGACCGGGACAACAUCAGCAAUAUCCCGAGUGAUGCCCAUUUGAUGACCCGUUUACUUUCCUGUAUUGCGACAUGUGCGCUGGUAACUACGCAAGGUGCAUUGUCACUGCUGCUGAGCUGUCCAGGGCACGGUGACAUCAUACUUCGCUGUUUGGCAGAGAGCCGCUUUGAGCCUGUUCGGCUAGAAGCUGCGAACGCGAUUGCUGCCCUUUCGACCACUAAAAACAAGAAUGAAGAAGACCGAGUGGCGUGUUGCAACUACUUCUUGCGUCUACUAGGUGGAUAUGCCGGGGCAGUGAAUGACAGAGAGUACUACAAUGUGUUCACGCUACUCGUAACAAACGCAAAGGAUUUGACCGAGUUUGCGAUACUCGAGUCUUGCCGAAUUUUGUGCCGUCGAAUAAAGGCGUUUCGAGUCAGCGACGACGUGCCGGAUGAGUCGGCAGGUCCUGUGUUUCUCUCGGCUCGAAGGAGCAGUAUGGAAGAGAGUGGAUGCAGGAUAUCAGCUGGACCUGCACCGAGCAGUCCCGCCUUUUCUUCCUCUCCCGACGCACUUCUCGAAGGACUAUUGUCUACGUUGCUUGCCAUCAUGAAACGUAUCCCGGCAGUGCUGGCGGAUGGUGUUCAUGAUGCGCCAUGUGACGGUCGCAGCUUGCGUGAGGUUAUUGUGCAAACCCUCCACGUAGAAGAAGGCAUUAUAAACGAGCUGUUUCACGAGUGUUUGUUUUCUUCAUCCGACAAGCAGACGGACGGUGAGACUGAGAGCGUCAGAAUGGACGAUGGGGAUGCUGACAUUCAGGCGUUAUCUUUAUCACAGUAUUACCUUCAGCAACCCAAGUGUCGUAGCGACACAUGCCGCGAGAUUGCGUUCGAGCUACUUCGGGAGCUCUCAGUUGACAACACCGAUGGCUUGCGCUAUUUGUUGACGCAAAUAGCAAAUCAGCACACACUGGAACGCCCUCCAGGUGCCAGCAUCAAAACAUCGGCAGUGUCAAUGUCAAAAAAGAAGAGCUCAAAGGUGUCCAAAGAUCGGUCACUUGAGCGGAAAAAGUUCGUGGGUCUGAAGAACCUUGGAUGCACUUGCUAUCUCAAUUCGACGAUACAGAGCUUUUUCAUGAUGCCGCGCUUUCGCCACCACAUCUUGCGGCUCCGAUCAAGUAGUACCAAAUCCAGCACCGCAAGCUUGACGUAUGAGCUGCAAUCGUUAUUCGCCCAUCUGGAGGGCAGUGCCAAGCCCUACUACAACCCGCUGCCAUUCGUCCGCGCAAUGAAGACGUGGGAUGGUGAAAGCGUGGACGUAAAUGUUCAGCAGGACGCUAGUGAGUUUCUCACGUCUUUUUUCCAGCAGAUCGAGUCCGAGAUGAAUGGCAUCAGUGCCGAAAGUGAUGGCCACUACAUCGGCGAUGAGAACAUUUUGGACACGUUCUUUGGAGGCGAGUUUAGCAACGAGCUUGUUGCUGAAGGUGACCGCUACAGCGAACGCUGUGAGCCUUUCCACUUUAUUUCUGUACCAGUUCGCGACCGGAAAAACUUGAAGGAGUCGCUAGAUGGGUGGGUUGAAGGCGAAAAGGUGAGUUAUACGUGGGAAACAGGCAGUGACUCGAAAAUUGAUGGCGAAACAGAAAAUUAUGGCGGACAUGGCGCUAACGUGACACUGGACACGCACAAGCGAAUCUCUAUCUCGAAACUGCCUUCGUACUUGAUCAUUCAUCUGAAACGCUUUGAGUUCGACUUUGAAAAAAUGCAGCAGAUUAAGCUUCACGAUCGCUUUGAAUUUCCCACUGAACUGGAUAUGUACCCGUACACAAAGGAAGGCCAGCAAGAGAAGAGAAAAGAACUGGCUUCGUCUGCAGGCGAUGGCACCACCGUCCAAAAUAUGCGACUGAGUACAUGCUCGGACAACCUGAGCAACAGAAGAACGACGGCUCCAGAGUACUCUCAAUAUGAGCUUGUCGGGACUGUCGUGCACCUCGGAACGGCCCUUUCGGGUCACUAUUAUUCGUUUUUGCAAGACCAGCAGGCGCCACGUGACAAGAGCCAGUGGUACGAGUUUAACGAUACAGUUGUGACCCCGUUCGAUCCAUCGCAAAUCCCAGAUGAGUGUUUCGGUGGUGAAGAACUAACGCGCAAUUGUCAUGAAACGAAUAGUAAGUCGACGUUGCCGGAAGAAGCUGUGCCAGCGAAAAUGAAAAACCGGAGCAGUUUCAUGUUGUUCUACGCCCGAGUGCCUCCUGAGCUGCGUGCCAUCAACAAAGACAGCGCUGCCUGCAUCAGCUUUUCUAGCGCUGUAUUUGUGGCAGCGUUUUGUGCUCGGCUGACGAGGAGAACAUCUAAUAAGCUAGCACAUUUGCGCAGUGUGGCUUGCGUGAUUGCGCCCGAGCCUAUUCGAAAACUAAUUGCGAUGGAAAACCGCCUGUUUUGGCGUAAAAGGUAUCUAUACGACACGCGAUGCCUAAAUUUUACGUACAAUCUCUUGCGAUCGUGUCUCGUUGGGCUGGAUGACUCGACAACAGCAGCGGUCGUACCGUGCUUCGAGCCAGCAGAAGUGCAGUUUGAGGCCCUGCAAGUGGCAACAAAAUUCGUGUUUGGCACUUUAUGGCAAGGUGGUGACGUGACCAAGGUCCUCGAAUGGCGUCCUAUUCUGCAAGCGCUCUAUCAUACCGAUGUUGCUGGCUGUCGCUGGUUCCUAUCGACCAUGGAGACGAACGAGUCGCUACUCCUGGAGCUGCUUGUUUUCAACGAACAUUGUGAGGUUCGUGAAUUGAUGGCCAACGUGGUAUCGGAAGCCAUUGCCACCACGUCAAACAUGGAGUUUGAAGAAGAGACUGACAAAGAGCUUCGGGCGCCUUGUGUAAAGGUGAAGAACGGGAAGAAACAGCUUCCUGCGUCGUUCGAGUUCAUGUUCUCCCUGAUCCAGUUAAUGCCAGCGCUGCUCUUGGUUUCGAACCACAAUCAUCGCCAGUAUUUUCUCGUAAUGUACGACUUUGUCCAAACGGGACGCAACGAAGGGUCUUUCCUCGUUGUAAAUAGCGUUGUUGGUGCAAUUGUGGCACUACUUACGGGCAUGGGAAGUACGCAACCAUUGCUCCAACGACAACUGAAGAAGCACAAGGCAAGCCAGAUUUUGAAGCGCAUCGACCUCAGUGUCACGAUUUUGAAGCUGCUGUCCGUACUUGUGCGCUGCAGCUUACCUCCUGCAAUGGAUGUCGAAGCGGACGUCGAGCAUCCGCUAUCCCUUCCGUCCAGCAUGGCCCAUGAUCAUGUGGGUCUCACACCGGCAGACCAUAGCGUCCUUCUCAACGAACGCUUUAUCACUCUGCUUACGCAACGCGCGAAUCACUACACGAAGGAGACAAAGCCGCUAGAGCAGAUUGUGACUCAUUUGUGCUGGGAAAGUCGACGUAUCACAGCCGAGUUCGUGAAAACGAUAAUGCAUGGCAUUGAAGUAGAGGACCACCACGACGUCAAGCCAUACUUUCGCACGCUGAACUCGCUUCUAAAGAUCCGGGAUUCGCUCGCAGUAAAGCGUCUGACAGACAGCCUUACCGAGCUGGUUGCCGUAAUGGUGUCGCAGCAGCGGUACUUCAAGGCCACAGAAACGUCACUUGACAUGCUUACGAGACUCGCGAAACGCCACAGCGGCGUAACUCAGUGGCUGCGAGAAAACCGUCAGCGCUGCGAGUGGAUGGAGAAAUGGCUGGUGGCUCAUCGCGGAGCUGACGGUUGUUUGCAGCAGCGCAACAGUGUUUUAGUGAAACCCAAUAGCACCUCAUCGUGGGUAAACGUUAGUGUAACAAGUGCGGGGCUCAUCAAGGCUAUCGAUCGCUCCACUGCGAAAUUGCUGCCGCGUAUCCGCAGCAUCUUAAACCCAGAAGCUGAUGUGGAAACCUUCUACGACAGUGACGACAAUCCACAACGGCUUGUCGGCAAGCGAGUUCGUGUAAAGUGGGCUAAGGACAAGUGGUACGAAGGGAAUGUGCAGCGAUUUGACGAGGACACGUACGAACACUUUGUGGUGUAUGACGACGGCGACAAACGGUCGUAUCACAUGUCUGAGAAGAUCUUCUAUGUUGUGAACCUGGCACCGUCGCCCAAGCCUCGCAAUAAAACAACUCAGCAGCAGCAGUAA